CAUGAUUUUAUCAGUGGCAAGAUGACCAUUUGUAUUUUUGCCAACAAAUCCAGUGAAUCCUCACGUUAAUUCUGCAGGAGUGCAUGCUUGGCAAAAAUCCAACCAUCAAAAUCAUCAUUGUCUGUCAUUUGGAAAGCAAAAGAAAAAAAGUUGACCACCUGAUUUCAGGAUGACUGAGGAUUUAGAUCACAGAUUCAGUUAUCUCACCUGGGAACAGAUUAAAAUACUGGAUCAAGUGCUGACUGAGGUGAUCCCCAUUCAUGGAAGAGGGAAUUUUCCAACUUUAGAGGUGAAGCCAAAAGACAUCAUUCAUGUUGUCAAAGAGCAACUGAUAAAGAAACAGAUCAUUGUCCAUGACAUUCGCUUGAACGGAUCCACGGCGAGUCACAUCCUGGUUAAGCAAAAUGGCACCAGCUACAAAGACCUGGACAUCAUUUUUGGCGUGGAGCUUCCAAGUGCACAUGAAUUUCAGGUUGUGAAGGAAUCUGUCUUGAAUUGCCUCUUGGAUUUUUUACCAAAAGGUGUCAACAAGGAAAAAAUCACAGCACAGACCAUGAAGGAGGCUUACGUUCAGAAGAUGGUGAAAGUAUCCACAGAUCAUGAUCGCUGGAGCCUCAUCUCCCUGUCCAACAACAGUGGCAAAAAUGUGGAGCUCAAGUUUGUCAACUCUCUGCGGAGGCAAUUUGAGUUCAGUGUAGAUUCCUUUCAGAUCAUCCUCGACACUGUGUUGGAUGUUUACAGCGAUGCGAAUGGCCAACUGACAGAAGAUGCAGAGCUGUCUGUCGUUGCUGAGAGCAUGUAUGGAGACUUUGAGGAAGCCAUGGACCACUUGAAAUACAAACUCAUUGCUACCAGGAACCCGGAAGAGAUCCGUGGAGGCGGUCUUCUUAAAUACAGCAAUCUUCUGGUCCGGGAUUUUAAGCCAGCGGAUGAAGUAGAGAUUAAGUCAUUGGAACGUUACAUGUGUUCUCGGUUCUUCAUCGAUUUUCCAGAUGUAGCUGAGCAACAACGGAAGAUUGAGUCUUACCUGCGCAAUCACUUCAUUGGGGAAGAGAAGAGCAAGUAUGACUACCUGAUGACCUUGCGCGGAGUUGUGAACGAGAGUACGGUCUGCCUUAUGGGCCACGAAAGAAGGCAAACGCUAAAUAUGAUUACAAUCCUGGCUCUCAAAGUACUUGGAGAGCAGAACAUCAUCCCCAAUGUAGCCAAUGUAACCUGCUACUAUCAGCCUGCCCCUUAUAUCAGCGACAGGAACUUCAGCAAUUACUAUAUCGCUCAUGGACAACCGUCUAUUAUCUACCAGCCCUAUUCCUUCCACAUACACAUGCAAAGUGGUAUGGUGUAG